AUGACUUCUGUAGAACAUCAGAGGAGGUUAAACCCGAAUCUAAAAGAUGUUGUCAAGAAAGAGAUAAUGAAACUUCUAGAGGCUGGUGUAAUUUAUGCUAUAUCUGAUAGUAAGUGGGUUAGUCCUGUGCAUGUAGUUCCUAAGAAAGGUGGUAUAACUGUUGUUAAGAAUGAUAGGAAUGAGCUGAUACCCACUAGAACUGUCACUGGUCAUCGCAUGUGCAUUGAUUACCGUAAACUGAAUGCUGCAACUCGCAAAGAUCAUUUUCCUCUCCCGUUUAUUGAUCAAAUGCUUGAGAGAUUGGCUAACCAUCCAUACUACUGCUUUUUAGAUGGUUAUUCAGGUUUCUUUCAGAUCCCCAUCCACCCAGACGACCAGGAGAAGACGACAUUCACAUGUCCAUAUGGCACUUAUGCUUAUCGCAGAAUGCCGUUUGGACUGUGCAAUGCACCGGCCACGUUCCAGCGCUGCAUGAUGUCUAUUUUCACUGACCUUAUUGAGGACAUAAUGGAAGUUUUCAUGGACGACUUUUCCGUCUAUGGAAGCUCCUUUGCUGUGUGUUUGUCUAAUCUGUGCAGGGUAUUGCAGCGGUGUGAGGAGAGACAUCUUGUGCUGAACUGGGAGAAAUGCCACUUCAUGGUGAGAGAUGGGAUCGUGCUGGGACAUAGGAUUUCAGAAGGGAAUCGAGGUUGA